GGCCGGUAGGCGGGCGUUCAGCAGCUGCCACCGCCGCUCCAGCGCCGAGGCCGCGGGCCGGCCAGCCGCCAUGGUGGACUACUACGAGGUGCUGGGCGUGCCGCGGCAGGCCUCAGCCGAGGCCAUCCGCAAGGCGUACCGCAAGCUUGCGCUCAAGUGGCACCCGGACAAGAACCCCGAGCACAAGGAGGAGGCCGAGAGGCGGUUCAAGCAGGUGGCGCAGGCCUACGAGGUCUUAUCGGACGUCCGCAAGCGCGAGGUGUACGACCGCUGCGGCGAAGUGGGCGAGGUGGGCGGAGGCGGCGCGGCGGGCAGCCCGUUCCACGAUGCCUUCCAGUACGUCUUCUCCUUCCGAGACCCCGCGGAGGUCUUCAGGGAGUUCUUCGGGGGCCACGACCCUUUCUCCUUCGACUUCUUCGGGGGAGACCCCCUUGAGAACUUUUUUGGGGAUCGGAGGAGCACCCGUGGAAGCAGAAGCCGAGGGGCUGUACCCUUCUCUACCUCCUUUACCGAAUUCCCAGGAUUUGGGGGUGGCUUCGCUUCGUUAGAUACUGGAUUCACAUCCUUCGGUUCUCCAGGAAACUCGGGCCUUUCUUCUUUCUCCAUGUCUUGCGGCGGUGGGGCGGCAGGCAACUACAAGUCGGUGUCAACCUCCACCGAAAUAAUUAAUGGCAAAAAAAUCACCACCAAGAGAAUCGUUGAGAAUGGUCAAGAAAGGGUGGAAGUGGAAGAAGAUGGAGAGUUAAAGUCCCUGAUAAUUAAUGGCAAAGAGCAGCUGCUUCGCAUCAAUACUCAGUAAAGACUAAAGUGUCUUUUAAGGACUAUCAGGACUUUUUUGUUUAAACGCGUUUUCAAGGGAACUCUACUUUCAGAACAACUGUAUUCCAGACAUUAUAUGCAGCUCAUGUCGGUGCCUCUUGUUAUUGUUGGGAUCGCAGGGAUAGGAUCUCUCUUGGUCUUUAUGCCUGUUGUAAAUAUCUGUAUGCCUUUGGCACUUAUUAAACUUAAUCCUGAGGC